AUCAGGUCAUCACCCUCGACGUUCGUUAAAGAUUAAAGCCCUAAUGUUUUCACCCAUUGAAGUUCCUUGAUGUAGGUUCUUCAAUGGCAAUCCUAGCUCCAGAAUUAACUCGAUUAUCUUGCCCAAAUGGCAGAACCACAAAAGAAUCAAUAACAGGGACAGCAAACCCACUUUCCCUACUGCGCAAAUCUACCUCUUUGAAAGAAAUAAAGCAGAUUCAAGCUUAUUCUAUAAAGACCCACCUCCAUAACGACCUGUUUUGGAUUACCAAGGUGAUCAAUCAAUGCACACUGGAUCCUACUGCUUCCUCAAUGGACCAUGCCCACCACCUGUUCGACCAAAUUCCUCACCCAGAUAUUAUCCUCUUCAACUUCAUGGCCCGUGGCUAUUCCCGUACUUACGCCCCACUUCAAGCUAUCAUACUGUUCGUGAGAGUCGUAUCUUUAGGUCUUGUACCAGAUAACUACACUUUCCCAUCUCUUCUAAAGGCCUGUGCCAUUGCUAAAGCUUUAGAAGAAGGUAAACAAUUGCAUUCCCUUUCCAUUAAACAUGGUCUUAAUCGAAGUCCUUAUCUUUAUCCUGCUCUCAUUAACAUGUACACCGAGUGUGACGACAUGGGUUCAGCUUGGUUUGUGUUUGAUCGGAUUGAAGAACCAUGCACGGUAACUUAUAACGCAAUCAUAACAGGUUAUGUCCGAAAUAGCCGCCCAAAUGAUGCCUUGUUAAUGUUUCUUGAAAUGCAAAGUAGAACCCUUAAGCCCACUGAUGUCACCAUGCUCAGUGUUCUUUCAGCUUGUGCAUUACUAGGAGCGUUAGACACCGGAAAAUGGGUACACGAAUACAUCAAGGCUAACGGGUUUGACCAAUACGUAAAAAUCAACACGACACUCAUUGAUAUGUACUCGAAAUGUGGUAGUUUAGAUGAUGCAGUUUCGGUGUUUGAGAACAUGGGUUUUAGAGAUACGCAAACAUGGUCCGCGAUGAUCAUGGCGUACGCCAUUCAUGGCCAUGGUCACAAAGCCAUAUCUCUAUUUGAAAAUAUGAGAGGAGCAAAAGUCGAACCCGAUGAAAUUACGCUUUUGGGUCUUCUCUAUGCUUGCAAUCAUGCUGGACUAGUCCAUGAAAGCUUGACGUAUCUUUGCAGUAUGAAGGACAAAUACGGGAUUUCACCUGGGAUCAAGCAUUACGGGUGUGUGUUAGAUGCGUUGGGCCGAGCGGGAUGGCUAGAAGAUGCAUACAAUUUCAUAGAUGAAAUCCCGAUUAAACCCACACCUAUACUUUGGAGAACCCUGUUAUCUGCUUGUAGCAGCCAUGGAAAUCUUGAAUUAGGGAGGAGGGUACUUGCACGAAUCUUCGAGCUCGACCAAUUUCACGGGGGUGAUUAUGUCAUUUUCGCCAACAUGUGUGCGAGAGCUGGAAAGCAAAAAGAUGCCAUAUACACAAGAAAACUGAUGAAAGAUCGCGGGGUGGUCAAGGUGCCGGGUUAUAGCGUGAUAGAGGUAAAGAAUCAAGUGCACGGAUUCUUUUCGGGCGAUGGGACUCGGAUUGGUCAUCGAGAGCUUUAUUUGGCGGUCGAUAAGUUGUUUGAGGAAUUGAAAUCGGUCGGUUAUGAACCCGAUGUUUCUUUAGUGGUUCAUUCAGAUAUGAACGAUGACCAAAAAGAAGUUAGCCUCCGGUACCAUAGCGAAAAACUGGCAAUCACUUUUGGGCUUCUGAAUACCGCACCUGGGGAAACCAUUCGGGUUGCAAAGAACGUGAGGACAUGCGGGGAUUGUCAUUCUGCGUGUAAAUUGUUAUCGCUCGUUUGUGAUCGAGAAAUAUUUGUUAGAGAUAUGCAUCGGUUUCAUCACUUUACGAAAGGGAAGUGUUCUUGUGGUGAUUAUUGGUAAUACUGAUCGUUAGAGUCUUCGUAUCCGCUAGACUAGAAUCUUUUUGUUUCAUUGGAAACUUUAUUAUU